GAGAAACAUGAGGAGCAGGAUAAAAUGCCAGUCCCAGAUCCUUCACUAGCAGGGCUUUUGUUACCACUGGACGAGUACUCCCCAGAGAUCAAAGCAGACCAGAAAGCCACAGCCCUGGGUCUGGAAGAGCAUCUGUUGCAAAACAAAGCUUUAUCUCAGGUGACAGGUGGGAGCUCAGCCGCUUUGUUUGGAGGUACCACCAUCUUACCCUGCAAACUGACGCAACAACUGAAGGACGACGAGUCUCUCGAACAGAUUUCAUGGAAGAGAAAAACGAAAGGAAAGCCACAGACGGACAAUUUCUUGACCAUCAAAUCUGAUAAAGUUCAGUUUGUCAAUGGGGAUGAUAAAAGAUUUAAAUUUAUUGGGGAUUUUCACCAAAAAAACGGCAGUCUCCAGUUAUCGAAUGUAAAUCUGGACGAUGAGGGGACCUACACCUGCAUCUUCUCUGUGUUCCCAACUGGGACUUUCAAGACAGAUAUACCUCUAAGCGUACUUGUUUCACCGUCGAUAAUCGUGAGGGAUGACAAGCCCACUCUGGGAGACAAAGACGUUCUUCUUGCAACCUGCACAGCUGCUGACGCCAAGCCAGCUCCCAGUGUGGAGUGGGACACCAGUACCCUGAAACAGACUGUGACCAAGAACAGUAGCUUGACUCAAAAUACCAAUGGAACAUUCACCAGAACGACCACAUUAUAUGGAAGACCUACCAAAGAAAUUCAUGGCAGUUCUGUCCGGUGUGUUGUCAGCCACGAAGCUCUGGUUGAACAAAAGACUUGGUCUUUCGAAAUACAGGUCUACUACCCCCCUGAGGAAGUGAAGUUGGAGAAAAAAGACGAGGACUCUUUUAUCUGCAUGACUGAAGCUAACCCGAGAGCUACCUUUACUUGGACCAGAAAUGGACAACCUUUACCACAUCUUGUCAGUCCACAUGGUGCAAUGCUGCAGUUUACAAAGCUGACGACUGAUCUAAGCGGCCUCUAUCAGUGYGAAGCAACUAAUGAACUUGGGAGCAGAAGCGGUUUCCUUUAUUUGAACGUGCCUCGAGGGGACAAAAUUGGUUGGAUCUUUUUUAGUGUUCUUUUGAUCCUGAUUGUUGCUGCAACUUGUGCUGUACUGUGCUUAAUGAAAUACGAGAUUAUUCCAAGAUAUUCAUUCCUUCAACGUGAUGAGGUGCAGCGGGUCCCAACAUCUUCAAAUUCACCAGAACCCAAAGCACAGGAGGAGGCGGUGUCGUUAGAUCCAGUAACCUAAACCAGACCUCUAUGAAGCAACAAGACCAGCACCAUUGGCAUGUUKGGAAACAAAGUCUCUGUCACUCAUGUCCAUUCAUUUUAGACUGUGGCUUUGUGCGUUAGUUUGUGUGGUGUACUCAGACAACAGUGAUCAUUCUAAAACAGAGAUGGUUUGCCGUCAAAGGAAGAGUCAGAAAUUUUGUCUUCCAGUAGGUGAUUUUUUUUUUUUUUUUUUUCAAAGCAAGCGAAGGCUUCAUGUUACAUCAGUGUGGGAUUGUAUGCUUUAAUCUGCUGAUUCAAAGCAAAGCCGCRGAAUGCUGCUUUUCAUUUUUAUCUGCUGGGUUACAAACGACUGAACAAUUGCUAAAUCUGUUUAAACCAAAUUUUUACCCCUAUAAACAUCAAAAGUUGCACAACAUUAAGUGCCACGUGUUAUGGAUGUUAAUUGUUUCAUUUUUAUUUAACAUGUUGGUUGUGAAGAAUUAGUUAUAUUAUUGGUUUUAUAGUUCUUUAAACUAUUUUUACUUUAAAAUCAAAAUAGAAAGACAAAUGCAUUUUGUAGUAAGAAUGUAGUAGUACUGUACCAUGAUUGUUCUAACAGUUUAGUCAUACUCUAAUAGUUUGUGUAGGUCAUGGUACAAGCAUGGUGGUAAUCCAGUGUGAAGGAGCUGUGAAGAUGACACCAUUUCUGAAUCUGAACUGAAUUUCUCAUAGAUGCCUUAGUAGAGAUCAUCAUUUACGACAGCAGAAAACGUGAAWAAGUCAUGACAGUCUGACAGGUGAGGGCAGUGUGGUUCCAGCACACUGCAGCUCAAAGGACCUCAUCUCAUACUCUUAGUUUUUUUAUAAGAUUUUGCAUUUCUUUAUUUCAAAAUAGCCACUGUUUAACAAACCACACGUGUCACUCAUUAAGGUUUUAAAAGAUGUAGUGAUUUAAAAUAGUCUAAAUUCUUACACCAGUGAAACUGUUUGAAGCUAAUCUCCUGACCUUUCUGUUUGCAGUUUGCAUGUUCUCCCCCUGCAUGUGUGGGUUUUUCUGACUUCUUCUGAUUCCUCCCACAGACUAACAUCGUGUAUUUUGGUUAAUUUGUGAAUCUAAAUUGUCCCUAGAUGCAGGUAGGAUKGGAAGUUGUUUGUGUCCUGCGGUGGAUGUACACCGCCCUCUCAUACACUAACUGCUGGAUAUGGGCACCAGCUCCAUGCAAUGAGAAAUACAACAUAAUAGAUUUUUCUAAAAAGGAAAAAAAAAAGAUGUUCUUUUGCCAGAUAAAUAUCUAAGAACAUUUAAAGUUUUUAGUUCUUAUACUGCUGUAUCAUUUUUAAAGCUUUGAAGGACCAAGCUGUUGCUGUAAAGACACUAGUCAGUGAUAAAUCUCUAACAUCUAACAUGAUGCUGAUCRUUUUUCUCAUUAGACCAGUGGUUCUGUAUUUAAAAUAAAUUCUUCAAACAGUA